AUGGUAACACACGAGGUCAAUAAGCAAUCCUGUAGGUGUGUUUCAUCCUUGAGUUCGAACACCCUCUACCAGGUACAACAUGAAGCUAGCUGCUGGACCCUCAUAGUUACGUCACCACCACAGCAUCCUGUUAUAAGACACAUCAAACUUGACACAUGUACUCUAAAUGGCGCCACGGACGUGACCCAGGUCGCUAUGACGUCAUCACAGAACCAUGAAACGAACUUCGCACUAUGUACUCUAAAUGGCGCCACGAACGUGACCCAGGUCGCUAUGACGUCAUCACAGAACCUGAACCCUGAAUCAAACUUUGCACUAUGUACUCUAAAUGACUCCACGGACGUGACCCAGGUCGCUAUGACGUCAUCACAGAACCCGGAACGACUCAAAACUCCCGCUAUGACGUCAUGACGUUUGAGAGGUGACGUUUGACAGGUGACGUUUGACAGAUGACGUUUGACAGGUGACGGUUGACAAAAUGGCGGGAAAACAUUUCCCCCCACCCCUUUUUCUGGUACCCAU